AUGGGGGUCAGCAAUCCAGUCAAGUAUGUCCUGCGCCUGUCCCUUUUCACCAAACGCACCGAGCAAUCCACCUGGAAAGGGAAAGAAAUCGACUCGGAUCCGCCGAUCGAGGUUCGCUGGAGCGCUGUACAGUGUCCAGAUGACUUUGCAUUGACCGAUGCCCACAUGGCGGUGAGCCCAAGUGAGUCCGAUCUGGGCCACAGCAGCAGCAGCAGCAGCAGUAGCCGGACGGGAUUGGUGCGCAUCGUCAGUUGGGCCAGUCUGGUUGGCGACCGAUGUCGGUGGACGAUGGAGCAAGAGCGCAAACUGGCCAUUGCAAGGAGCGAACUGGCUCGAUGUCAAAAAGCAUGGAGUUCAGAACAGGAGUUGUGGCUAGCACAUAUCAAAGACUUGCACGAGGAAAAAGAGGCUCAUGAACAAUUUCUUCACCACCGCGCGAAACAACAAGACGAGGAACAGCAACAUUUCCGCAAAUCCUGGAUCCGACGCAAAUCCUACGAGGAACAGCAACAGAUCGCCCCUACACAGAGGACCAAUAGCCGACUGCAUCGGAUACGGCGCAUGGGAUCAUAG